UUAUCAAGCAUAAGCGCAAAAGGUUUCAAGAAGACAACAUAUAAGCACAUACGGCAAAAUAAUGCACAAGAUUUUCUUCAUUCAAGCAGAGUUUCUGCCAUGAUCGUAUUAAAGUCUAGGUCUGAAAUGCAAAGUCCAACUAUUGAAAAGGAUAAUAGUUAUCAAGAAUAA